AUGCCUCUGUGUGUGCGUCCGUCACAGGACGGACUGGGCGACUUGAUUGGUUCUUUUGGGGCCUGCCUCACACUUAGCAUGCACUUCCGCCGACCUCGGGGCGUGGCGGGACCCGGACUCAUCCACCUCUCGGGUCAAGCUCUGCUCUUCAACACGCCGCAUUUGGUCGCUGUGGAAACUGUAGCCUCUACCGCCGCGGGUGCAGCUGGCGAUAGAGGAAACAGCUUGGCGACCAUCUACGUUUCGGUCAACUACCGACUGGGAGUGCUCGGCUUCGCCAGCUUCGGAUCGCAUCACUCCUGGCCCAACCAGGCAGUACACGACGUCCGACUAGCUCUGACAUGGUUACACAAGCAUGCCGACAAACUCGGACUCGCCAGACGGAAAGUUCUGCUGAUGGCUGAGGACGCCGGAGCUACGAUUGCCGGUCUUCUGUACACGACAACACGACCUGGCGAUGCGAUCGGGACAUUCACACAGGCUAGAACACGUGCAGGAUCGCCUCACCAUCUUUACUUUUGUCCUCAAUCUCCUAACUUUGUUUACCUUGGGUCUGGGAUGAUCCAGAGUGCUUUUCAGAUGAUACUGAGUUCGAGGCCAGAGGUCGGGUUAGCAACAGUCGACGGAAGAGGCGGCUUUUCUCCUCCCUUAGCCUACACCCGAAGGCCUAGUCUAGGGGUCUCGAACUUGGCCCUGGCGGGUUCGGAAGUUCUCUGUUUCCGGGCGUAUUCUGCAGUCAUUGUAGCCUCAGACCUCAGCGUCAAUCGGGUUCCUGGUGCUGGGAUUUGUUAUGUUGACCAAGUAAAGGAUAAGGAUUCAACACGGACUCUGAAAGCAUAA